AUGUUGCAAGCUGAACAAAAAGCUGAGCAACACGACCCAGAAACAGUGCUUCAAUCUGACACCUGGAUUCGUGUAUUGCAGGGCGCACAUCGAACCUUCCAUCGGAGGAACAGUGGGGGAGGUUUAUUAGCGUUGAAUAGCAGAGGUACCAUGUUCGAGGUUUUGGUUUUCGCGCAGGAAAUAAUUAUCCGAGGAUCUGCCGUUUUUAUGCUUACAAAGGAGCGGAGCAAGCUCCGCUAA